GCCUCAUAAAGAAACUGUUGGUGGCUGUGUGUGCAGGGCGCCCCCGAACCCCAAACCCCAAACGGUGCUCGCCCGGUGAGCAGUGAGGAGAGAGAGGCCUCGUCGAUGGCACCGCUGCCGCCAACUCGGUGGACCAAGCACCGGCCUACGGAACGGCGGAUAUGGCUCCCCCUACUCCUUUCCUCCUUCCUCCUCGCCGUCGCUUCCCUCCACGCCGUCGCCGCGUUUCUCUGCCGCGCCAACGAUCUCGGCCGGCGAUGCGCGCCGCAGCCCGCGGAAUGCACCGCCGGGGAUGUGGCGAGCCCGCGUCCGAGGAUCGCGAUCGUCAGCUUCUCCGACGAGUCCGAAGGCGGGGGACGGCGGUCGUUCCGGGGAGUGAAGGCGGCGGUGGAGGGGAACAAGCGGGCGUACGCGGAGCAGAUGGGGUACGGGUACGUCGACGCGCGGAAUCUGGUGGAUCGCAGCCGCCCGCCCAACUGGAGCAAGAUACUGGCCGUCCGAUCGCAGCUCCCGCUCUACGACUGGGUCUUCUGGAAUGACGCUGACACGGUGGUGACGAAUCCCAAUACAUCGUUGGAGAGUAUUCUGCAAGCCGAACUUGAGCACGGAGACUUCGAGUCAUCACCAGACUUGGUGGUGACGGAGGAUUUUAAUGGAGUUAAUUCAGGAUUGUUCUUUGUUCGAAGAUCCAAAUGGAGUGAGAAUUUCUUGGACGCAUGGUGGAACCAAACAUCGUUUGUUCAGUUUGGGUCCACCAAAAGUGGUGACAAUGCUGCGAUGAAGUACCUCAUCAACAGCCUCUCAGCAGAGGAAUUGAGUGUCCAUGUUCACAUAUCUCGGAUGCAAUGCCUGUUCAAUUCCUAUCCUUGGGUUCCUUCUUGGAAGUCUGUGUAUCGAUUGAUUUCCUCGCCUUUGGUCACUUGGCAAGGAGUGUACUCUGAUGGGGACUUCAUGGUUCACCUUGCUGGCUUAGACGAGAAGAAGAAAUGGAUUGAGGUGAUACUAGAUCAGUUGAGAGCUUCGGAAUAGAAAAGGAGAUGCAACCUUUUCACCAAAGCCAACAGGUUAGCGGUUUUGACUUUGAGUAGGUUAUGUAACAGUAGCCAUGUUGUGUUGUAUGAAUUGGUUGGAUUUACAGACAUGACUCAUACCCUGACAUCUCUAUGUUCCACUACUUAAAAUAUGUGCCCAUCUUGUAGAGUA